AUGGCAUUCCUUCAUCAUUUACAAGUGCCAAGUCUGUGUUUAGCACAAAGGCCCUGGUGAAGAUGCAGCUUUUGAAAGAUGUUGUGGGAAAUGACACGUACAGAAUAAACAAUAAAUAUGAUGAAACAUACCCUCCUCUCCCUGUUGAUGAAGUCAUGCAAAGGUCAGAAUUUGUUAUUGGACAGGAAGUGGCCUAUGAUUUACUGGUCAACAACUGUGAGCAUUUUGUGACUUUGCUUCGGUAUGGAGAAGGAGUUUCAGAGCAGGCCAACCGAGCAAUAAGUACCAUUGGAUUGGUGACAGCUGCUGUUGGUGCCCUCUCAUUCCUGGGCUUGUUUCCAAAAAGACAAAGAACAAAAUACUAUUAACAAUUUAUAGAAGAAAUAUUGGAACUGAAGGAUUUGUGAGAAGGAAAAAAAUCCUGGGAUGAAUACUUAUUUUCAAUGCAUCAUUAUGGUUCCAAAUUCCAAUGAUGGAUGGGGGAACUCUUUAAUAAAUUGCUUACUGAUAAUAUC